CCGCAGCGUGACACAUGACCUAUAUAUAGCUAACCCGGAAGUAGUCGACUGCUAGCUGAUAUUAGCUAGAAAAGAAGCCAGGCGAUGCAUAGAAAACAUCAUGCUUCCGGGUGUAAAACAUUUCAGAAAAACAUGUGACGGAAUAAGGGCAACUUGUGGACACACAGACGAUCAAAUGGCAUCUGGCGAAUAAGAAGAACGAACCUCACACUAUGUCAUAUUCUAAAGAGGAAAAGGAUAAACUACUGUCAGACAGUUUAAACGGUCUUCUUGACAAGGAAGAAAAGGAAAAGUCUGAGGUAGUGAGGACGCUGAACGCCCUUGCUGAUGAUCUGGACAAGCAUACUCGGAACACCAAGAUUGCAGAUCUGACGUUUGCGUCAACAGGAAUAGUUGCAAGUGGACUUACCAUAGCAGGGGUGGCUACUGCCCCCUUCACAUUCGGAACCUCCCUGGGACUGACAAUAGGUGGUCUGGCCUUGGGCGUGUCCAGCGGGGUCGGAACCAUUGGUAACACCAUCGUUGGUAAGCUGAUUAAAAGCAAGACUUUCACACAAGCCCAGGAAGCAAAGGACAAGUACUUUGAAACAUCAAAACAACUUAUUAAGUUUGCCAAUGUGCUCAAUGAAAGUGGAAAUAAUGAACUCUUGUUUGUAGACUUGAGAAGCGAGACAUUUGGCCUCUCUCAGUCUACGACGUAUGAAAACGCAGCUUUAGGUUUACGGACAACAGUUGGCCCAGUGGGUCAAGGAUUGAGAGUUGCUGCAGUUGCCUCUGCUAUAGCGACAAGAGAGGCGAUUGAGGCCACAAGUAGGACACUUGCAGGGGUUCUGAAGACUGGCCUGAUGGCUGCGAAGGUUGCUGGUGCAGUGAUAUCAACCUUGAGUGUUCCCCUGGACAUUUACACCAUCAUUGUCAACAGUAAAGAUAUCCACCACAAGACCCCAGCUGAAGGCGCCCAAGAGAUUCGAAUGGCAAUGCAUAAUAUUGAGCAGUUGCGAGUUAUCAGAGGUGAUCCUAGAAGACUACAGAUUAGUUCUGACAGAAAGAACAUAGAAUACUCCAACGAUGCUUUACAGUCAAUGCUGACAGGGAACAAGGAUUUGAAGCAACUGUUAUUCUGCACAAACUGCUUAAACAGAGAGGCCGAUAUCAUCUGUCUACCGUGUGGUCACGUGACCUGCUGUUCUCGCUGUAUCCGACACUUCAGCCACUGUGGCACGUGCAUGGAACGUGUUGAUGACGUGUCCGGCAGUGUGUCAGACAGCAUCAUGGAGUCACUCCGUCUGAUGUUUGAGAAACGGAUCACAACACCGUGUCAAGAACUAGACACGGAGUGGGUGAUGCUGGACGAAGUUGACUGUCCCCAAGAAGCCGUCGCUACAGAAUGAAGAGACAAAAUGUCCAUCAGAUCUUAUAGCUCAGCUUACUGGACCCUGACCCUUCCACUGGGACCGCCAUCCAGCCACCCAGUCUAUAGCUCAUCUU